AUCUUGUAGAACUCAUGUUUGUUCCCCAUGUCGGCAGCUUGCUGUGUGAGUGCUGGCCAGCUCUUUUCCGAGGCGGCCCUGAGAAGGUGCAUGUCCGCAGGACUUCAAGGAGGCCAUUUUCCUUGGAUUGAUCCGACAGCUGGAUUUUGAAACCAUGGCCUCCGCUUUGGCGUACCAGUGAUGAUUGGACGCUGAACGCUGGGCUUCUGGGUUGGCGGGGCUUGGCAUCAAAAGAAGAAAGAUGAGUCUUGGACAAACAUAUAUGAUAUAUGGAUAGAUAGUAUGUGGAGACAUGGACUCUAUAGAAUGUAUUGAAAUGAGACCUGGCAUUCAGUGUUCGAUGAACAAAGAGUCAACGACUUGUCGCAAGUUCACACUGGUGCACCAUAUGUUCUCCGAGAGUAGCGCUUCUUGAUAAAGAGGGUUCAGUGAUUUGUUCAAUGAUUGGUUUGUUGGCAUUGGCCAUAGAUAGACUCACGCAGUUGCACCAGACGUGCUUGAAAACAUUUACUCUUUGGAAGACAAAUCUGCGAAGCAUGGCUUGGGUGUACGAGAACAUCACUAGCCGAGUUCAAGACUCAAGAUGGGUCUUCGGCUUGACUGGCUCGCUCGACUCUCCCUUUUGAGGCUUCUUCGCUUUGACCUUGGCGACCGCCUUGCCUUCGUCAUCGAUAGCUUCGAGCAGCUUCUUGGCGCCAGCUUCAGUGGCUGCUUUGACGGCAGGUGGCCUGCCUCGCGGACAUCUCUUCAGCUGCAAUCGUGGCAUAUGAUGAGGCAGCAGAGCAGACUUGUUGGCGAGAAGCUGCAGUUCAUCGAUCUCCUUGUGACCUCGCCCAAUUGCCAGCCAUCACCCAAGAACGUUGGCGCUGCUUCCAGGCCAGAAUUGCUUCUGGUUUGCUGGAGUCCCUGGAGCCUUGGAGUGGGAACGGGUGGCCCGACGCUACUACGCCGCUGGGGCUGGUGGCUGGAGCCUUCUGGAGACUGAGUGCACUGUGAUAUGUUUUGGUUUCAAGAUGGCGGGCAGCAAGAUGCGCAGAUAUAGAUGACACGAUGCAGGAUUUGGAUCAGCUGCUUCCUGCAUCUGACAACGAAGACCCCCCUCUUCCCAGUUCCUCUGCUUCCAGAGCAGCGGAGGACACGAUCAGCAUUCAUAGAGAUGUUUGUGCAAGCAGGCCAGACAUCGAAGAAACCAAAGCAAGAUUCGCACCCGCAGCACCUGCUUCCGCUAGUCAAGCGAAGUCAAGUGCUGCUCACGCGCAGCCAGGCCUCCAAAGCGAAGAGAUAUCGAAGAUAUCAGAUGUACCAAGCAGCGAGGAUGUAGAUUCGUGUGAAUCUGAUUCUGACGAGGAUAUUGAAGAUAUCGAUGCACUUCUUGAGGACAAUGGUGACAAACACUCAAUACCUUGUACCCCAUCUUCUGCCUACAUAGUGCCAGAAACGGCUGGAAACCUCCAGUCGCAAGAUGCUGAUCAGACGGACAGACCAUACAAGCUCACGUCCCAAGACAUCGAAGGCUCAGACGCCAAAAGCCUCGCUAUAUCUCGCAAUGCAGGAAAUCUGGGAAUGGCAAGGAGCUCUGAGGGCCAUGACAAGCAAAAAGAUGAGGACAAAGUAGCCGUCUUGGACAAAGUCUCAGAACGCAUCAUUGUUCAUCAACCGUUGUCCGCGCUGCCUUCAGCUGGUGCCAAGUUCAUGCGCCCGGACAAGAUCAAGCAGGCUGAAGAACCAGCUGUGUGUGAAAGAAGAUCCACAGGCCAAGUAGGCCAGCCGAGUGAUCUCCGUGAUGAUGGCAACUGUGACGACCACUCGCGCCCACUUGGUUCGGUUCCUUUCGAAAGGACCUCCCCAAUUCGGGAUCUCCAGGAACUUCGAAUUUGUGCGGCAGAAGCUGAGAGGCUUUGGCAAGAGCAAACGAGCCUUGAGGUUUCUUGCGAUAUUCUGCAAGCCCUCACUUGCAUAAAGGCAAAGUCUCACUCUUUUCAUGCAAUUGUAGCUGAGUUGCAAGAAAGAGUGAGGUUGCAAGAACACGCGGCUCGAAAAUUGGAUGAGAUUUGCCAGGAACUUUCCCGCAGUGACGCAAUGCAGCAGUCACCUUAUCGAAACAAGCUAAUUGAAGAGAGGCAAUUGCAGAAAGAGCUUCAGAAUGAACCGAUGAAGCAACAGGAGGCGGAGGCUACACUUGCAGAUCGUGAACAAAUGUGGCUGGUUCAACUUGAAAGAGAGGCCAGAAAGCUUCGGGAACAACUGAUGUCGAAAAUCCGUCUCCAAGCCAAAGCGCGCGCCCCAAAGGUCCUUGCUGAAGCUGAAGCAAGAAGAGCUGCUGCGGAACAACUGCGGAGAUCAGCCAAAGCUUCCUUAGAAAUUCGGAAGAGUCUUCAGCUGCCUAGUGAGGCGAAGGCAGAAGUGCGAAAGGGCCCAAAGACAGGCCCUCCAAAAGCUGCACUCCCCCGUGGAGGCCAUUCAAGCCCCUUCAAUCCCCCGCGCAGAAAUAUCGAGGCGCUGCAUUUGCGGUGUUCAUAAGGGGAUAUCAAAUAGUCCAAGCGACUGAGAUUGGGGAGACGCA